CAUUGCAGCAGCGGGCGCCAAAAGGCCCCAUUAACCUUCUCGGGAAUGAUGAAGAGAGAGAGACACAAACGCUAACUAGGUUUUUAGUGAGAUGGAUUGUGGCACUGGAUAUCAUAUCAGCAGUAACAAAAGUCUCUUUCUUCUCUCUCUGCCCUUUUCUUUUGUAUAUUGACCUCUUUUCACUUUCUGCAACUUUCUUGUGAUUCGACGGGCCUGCAGGACCACAACUUUCGUCAGAGUUGUUAAGCUACUCCUUGUAUUACCAGAUCGAAGAGAAAGAGAUAUCUUUCUGAUCUGAUCAUCUAUCCUCUCAUUCUCAAAAGCCUUUUACAGAGUUUGGGUUUUCUCUGGUCAUUGUUCUCCUACAUUUUUGGCCUCUCUCUCUCCCUCUCUCUUUCUCUCUCUCUCCACAUGUUUUGGUGAAAUGUGACUUUUGCUGAGUCGGAGGCUUGGCAUCAGAACAAGGGAUAAAGUUUAUUUUGCGUUCUGUGCCGGUUAGAAAGAUAUUGUGGUGCUUUAGAAGAAGAAACAAACAAGGUGCAGAAAGAUCAGGUCCAGUGUGUCACUGAAGGACUGUAAACAGGAAACUCAAUCACCAUUAUGCAGACACCUAAGACAAGCAGAAACAGUUCUACAGAAAUGCCUCACCGGACGUCACCUGCUGGCACCCCCAGAACAGCAGCUCGUCAACUUAAGACGCCGGGCUCAGAAUCUGACUCAGCCUCGGUGCAUUCAGCAACCCGGACCCCCACUGAACGGAGUCCUAAACUUGUGGAUAGAAGAUCACCAAGAAGCCCGGUGACUGAGAAGAAGCGCCCAACAAGUCGGAUAUCAGAGCUAGAGUCCCAGCUAACCCAGCUCCAAGACGACCUUAAAAAAACCAAGGAACAACUAUCAUCAGCUGAAUCCUCUAAGAGGAGAGCCCAGCAAGAAGCAGAGGACACAAAGAAGCAGCUUGCUGCCAUGGCAGCAGAGCUUGACCAAUCUCAGCAUCACCUUGUUGAGCUCUCAGCUGCUGAGGAUGCUCGUCUAUCUGAGCUUCGUCAUAUCUCUCAUGAGCGGGAUCGAGCAUGGCAAUCUGAACUCGAAGCUGUGCAAAAGCAGCACUCUGCUGAUGCUUCCGCCCUUGUAUCAGCCGUCCAAGAAGUUCAGCGUCUUAACCAUGAGUUCUCACUUGCUGUGGACUCAAAGGUCUUACAUGCCAAACAGGCUGGUGAGGCCUACUCUCAGCUUCAUGCCCUCAGGCAAGAGAUGAAUGAAGCCUUAGAUGUUAUCCAAGACUUGAAAUCACAGCUUGAAGAAUGCAAGAAGUCGGAAGCCAUUGCAUUUACGAAAGCGAAUGAGGCCUUGCAUUUGAAGGAAAUUGCAAAUGCUGUUAAUCUGGAGUUAGAGGAAGCAGGAGCUGAAGUGGGAUCUCUCAAGGCAUGCAUAACCAAGCUAGAGUGUGAUUUACUUCGAUCCCAAUCUGACCAUGGCUCUGAUCACACCUUAGAAUACGAGCAUAUGAGAGCUGAGCUCAAGGCUUCAAAAGCAGAGAUUGAGCAACUUAGAGCGGAGGCUGAAAUUGUAGAAGUGAGGUUCCAAGAGGCUCAGAUCAAUGCCACUGUGCAAAUGAGGAGCGCACGUGAAGCAGCUGAGAGGGUAAAGGCAGACGCAGAGAGGUCUUCAGAGGAGUUGAAUGAGAGAGAGGCACAGCUCUUGGGUUUGCUAAAGGAUUUAAAAAUUGAGCUUGAGAAAUCAAAGGCAGAUGUUUUGGAGAUGAAGGCUGAUCUAAUGGACAAAGAGACUGAGCUCCAAAGCAUAUCAGAAGAGAACGAGGGGCUCAAGAGCGAGGUCGAGAAGAAGAGAGAGGAUUGGAACUCAAAGGCUGAGGUUGAUGCUGUGAAGAAAGGGAAGGAAGAGGCUCUUGCAAGGCUUGAGGUUGCAAUUGCAGAGGCAGAGAAGAAUGAGUUGAAGGCUUAUAAGAUUGCUGAGGAACUGGAGGCAACAAAGGCUACAAACGCUUCUUUGGAGGCUGAGAUGAGGAGACUGAGGGUUCAGACUGAGCAGUGGAAGAAGGCAGCAGAUGCAGCAGCCACCGUGCUUGCGGCCACCCAUGACAAUGGGAAUUUGGUGGUUAGGUCGGGGUCGAUGGACUAUUCGGGGGGAAGGUGUGCGUCACCGUUUGAUGAGGAUGGAGAUGAGAAUUCACCUAAGAAGAAAGGUGCAGUGCUGAAGAAGUUCGGGGAUUUGUGGAGGAAGAAGAGUCAGAAGUAGGUGGACUCUUCAGAGGCCAUUUUGGGGUGGUGAGUUCUUGAGUCACUGAUCAUUUGUGUUCCGAGGUAAAGGAGCUAUCUGCAAUUGGUGGUACGGCCCCGUGAAAUGCUACACUAACUCAUGUUUUAAGUAUAAUGUGGUUUCUAUACGUAUCAUGUUGUGUAUAAUUUCCUUUUUAUUUUGACUUUUUCCUCCUGGACGAGUUGCUAUAGUAGAAUUAUGAGAAAUCUUAUAUUGGAUACCAAAGGAAUCUAUUUUGUGAGUUCUGCUUUUCUCAUCAUGCAAUGGGUACUCAAAAUUCACGACGCUGCUGUAAUAGUCUAGAUUUGAUAUCCUGGAUUCUGAUAUGUGAUUUCAAUCGAAC